UAAUAUUGCUGGACUCUAAAGCACAACAGACAGAGUUGGAAUGGAUUUCCUCUCCUCCCAAUGGGGGGUGGGAAGAAAUUAGUGGACUGGAUGAAAACUACACUCCUAUACGAACAUACCAGGUAUGCCAGGUGAUGGAAUCAAACCAAAACAACUGGCUUCGGACUAACUGGAUUGCAAAAAGCAAUGCACAAAGGAUUUUUGUAGAACUGAAAUUCACUCUGAGGGAUUGUAACAGUCUUCCUGGAGUUCUGGGGACUUGUAAAGAAACUUUUAACUUGUAUUAUUAUGAAACAGACUACGACACUGGCAGGAAUAUCCGAGAAAACCAAUAUGUAAAAAUAGACACUAUUGCAGCAGAUGAAAGUUUUACCCAGGGUGAUCUUGGGGAGAGAAAAAUGAAACUUAACACAGAGGUGAGAGAAAUUGGACCUUUGUCCAAGAAAGGAUUCUAUCUUGCGUUUCAGGAUGUAGGGGCCUGCAUUGCUUUGGUCUCUGUCAAAGUCUACUACAAGAAGUGCUGGUCCAUCAUUGAGAACUUAGCUAUUUUUCCUGACACAGUGACUGGCUCAGAGUUUUCCUCUUUAGUUGAAGUACGAGGAACUUGCGUCAGCAGUGCGGAAGAGGAGGCGGAGAACUCGCCGAAGAUGCACUGCAGUGCGGAGGGAGAAUGGUUAGUGCCUAUUGGAAAAUGUAUCUGCAAAGCAGGAUACCAGCAAAAAGGAGACACGUGUGAACCUUGUGGCCGUGGGUUCUACAAAUCCUCCUCACAAGAUCUGCAGUGCUCCCGCUGCCCUACUCACAGCUUCUCUGACAAGGAAGGAUCUUCAAGAUGCGAUUGUGAAGAUAGCUAUUAUAGAGCACCUUCUGAUCCACCAUAUGUCGCAUGCACAAGACCUCCAUCUGCACCACAGAACCUCAUUUUCAAUAUCAACCAGACUACCGUGAGUUUGGAGUGGAGUCCUCCUGCUGACAACGGGGGAAGAAAUGAUGUGACCUACCGCAUUUUGUGCAAGAGGUGCAGCUGGGAGCAGGGCGAAUGUGUUCCCUGUGGGAGUAACAUUGGAUAUAUGCCCCAGCAAACCGGAUUAGUAGAUAACUAUGUCACUGUCAUGGACCUGCUAGCUCAUGCUAACUACACGUUUGAAGUUGAAGCUGUGAAUGGGGUUUCUGAUUUAAGUCGUUCCCAGAGGCUUUUUGCAGCUGUCAGUAUUACCACCGGUCAAGCAGGUAAGUUUUCAUCACUUAUGAAUCUCAACACUGUGAGACUGAGAGAAAUUGGGAACAUGCAAACUACAGAUGCAGUAAAUCAGGAGCAUGCUUGGUGUGUUCUGGCUCAUUAA